ACUGAAACUGCACCACCAAAACACACCAAACAAGACGAAGAAGGCUUGCUCAAUGAUGGGCGAGGAAACCAGCAAUACAUUAAUUAAAUAUAGUAAAUAACGCGGUUUAACUGGACAUUAAACCCUGUUAAUCUUCUGCUGACACACACACAGAAAACCAUGGCGUUUGUUACGGCCAACUGGAACCCGCUGGGAGAAGCGUUUUACAGGAAAACUGAGUUGUAUGAGAUGGGCUGGAAUCUAAAGGAUGGUCUCAGAGACUGUUUACUGGCUGCAGCUCCCUAUGGUGGGCCCAUAGCUCUGCUGAAGGAACCACAGCGCCGCUCUCCUAGUUCCCGACCUCAGUUGGAGAUCUAUUCUGCUUCUGGAGUGACUAUGGCCAGUUUUCUGUGGAAGAGUGGUGUAGUGAGGCAGCUGGGGUGGACAGUGUGUGAUGACCUCCUGUGUAUUCAGGAAGAUGGCACUGUUCUUAUUUAUGAUCUUUUUGGCAGCUUCAAGAGACACUUCAGCAUGGGCAAUGAGGUGGGACAAAGUCAGGUUGUGGAGGCUAAGGUGUUUCAUUCACCCUAUGGAACUGGUGUGGCCAUUGUAACUGGUGCAUCCCGCUUUACCUUGGCAACAAAUAUUGACGACCUGAAGCUUAGGAGGUUACCUGAGGUGCCAGGCCUUCAGGGGGCGCCCACUUGUUGGGCAGUCCUUACUCAGGACAGACAGAGUAAAGUGCUGGUGGCAAAUGGUGGUGAUCUCUUUAUUCUGGACUACACCGCCUGCACUGCUGUGAACCCUCCAGGUCUUUCUCCACAGGCUUCCAGUAUAGUGCACAUGUGUGUGUCAUUCAGUUACAAGUAUCUGGCCCUGUUUACUGACUCUGGCCAUGUGUGGAUGGGCAGCGCCAACCUAAAGGAGAAGCUCAGUGAAGUGGAGACAAAAGUCAGAAAUCCACCCAAACAGAUGGCCUGGUGUCGUCGGCCUAAGAGUCGGCAGCCCUCUGUGGUAAUCAUGUGGGAUCGACACCUUCUGGUGGUAGGAGAAGGUAAAGAUACCAUCUCGUAUCACCUAGAGGACGACUCUAUUUUGGUGCCAGAAAUGGAUGGGGUUCGAAUCAUCAACGGCACAAACCAUGAACUCCUGCAGGAAGUGCCAGCUUCCUGUGAGGAGAUCUUCAAGAUAGCGUCAAUGGCUCCUGGAGCACUGCUGCUGGAGGCCCACAAAGAAUAUGAGAAAGAGAGUCAGAAGGCGGAUGAGUAUCUGAGAGAGAUAAAAGAGCAAGGUCUUUUAGCUGAGGCUGUGAGGCAGUGUGUGGAGGCAGCAGGACAUGAGCAAGAGGCAGAGACACAGAAAACACUCUUGAGGGCGGCCUCGUUUGGAAAGUGUUUCCUGAGUAAUUUCCCUCCAGAGCUGUUUGUCAUCAUGUGCCGAGACUUGCGUGUGUUAAACGCAGUGAGGGACUACACUGUGGGCAUCCCUCUCACACACACACAGUUCAAACAGAUGACUGUUCAAGUGCUCAUAGACCGAUUAGUGUACCGUAAACUAUAUCCUCUGGCCAUUGAGAUCUGUCGCUAUCUGAAGACCCCAGAGUACCAGGGAGUGAGUCGAGUCCUGAAACACUGGGCCUGCUGCAAGGUGCAGCAGAAGGAGGAGAGUGAUGAGGUCAUUGCAAGAACCAUUAGUCUGAAGUUGGGUGAAGCUGCUGGAAUCUCUUACUCUGAGAUCGCGACUAAAGCCUACGAGUGUGGUCGUACAGAACUGGCUAUAAAGUUGCUGGAGUUUGAGCCUCGCUCUGGGGAGCAGGUUCCUUUAUUGCUGAAGAUGAAGAGGAGCCAGUUGGCCCUCAGCAAAGCCAUUGAAAGUGGAGACACAGACCUAGUGUAUACAGUGGUUACAUAUCUAAAGAAUGAGAUGAACAGAGGAGACUUCUUCAUGACUCUGCGGAAUCAGCCGGUGGCUCUCAGCCUUUAUAGACAGUUCUGUAAACAUCAGGAACAGGACACUCUAAAGGAUUUAUUCAAUCAAGAUGACGAUCAUCAAGAGUUGGGAAAUUUCUACGUGAAAGCUAGCUACAAAGAAAAGAGAUUAGAGGCCCGUGUAGCUCAUUUACAGAGUGCUGUGGAUGAAUAUAACAAGGCAAAGAAUGAGUUUGCUGCCAAGGCCACAGAAGAGGAAAUGCGUCUGUUGCGUUUCCAGAAGAAGCUGGAGGAGGAAAAAGGCGAGUCUCUGGUGGGCUUCUCCCUGCACGAUACCCUCCGUACUCUGCUGGCUGUAGGCCUUCACAAACAUGCUGAGCAGCUCUACAAGGACUUCAAAGUGCCUGACAAGAGGUUCUGGUGGCUAAAGCUGACUGCUCUAGCUGAGAAAGAAGACUGGGAGGAGCUAGAGAAAUUUGCCAAAAGCAAGAAAUCUCCCAUUGGCUAUCUGCCCUUCGUAGAAGUUUGUGUGAAACACCACAACAAAUACGAGGCCAAGAAAUAUGUGUCCAGGGUCACUCCAGAGCAGAAGGUCAAAGCUCACCUAGCAGUAGGUGAUAUGGAGGGGGCUGCGGAUGCUGCUAUAGAAAGGCGUAAUGAAGGAGAGAUCAGCACCAUUCUGUCCCGCUGUUCUCCCACCACAGACCGGGCUCUGGUCGAACGUCUUAACCGUGCUAAAUCCACUGCUGCCAAAAAGUGAAGCCCUGCACUACAUGAUGCAUUGUUCAGCUGGACAGCAGCUGCUGCCAAACAGUGACCCCGCCCCCUGAUCCCAGUGUGUUAAACUGCAGCUGAUGGCAGUUCCUGGGGGUUAAACCUGAAUUACGGUUCAGCAAGACCUGUGUUCUGAUGGAGGACUCUGUAAGGACCUGCUUAAUGGGUAUGUGGGGUGGAUUAGGCGGCUCUGUUAACACUUAAAUAAAAGAACAAAAGAAAGAAGGAACUGGAUUAAGUAUCUCUUGCUCACUAUGCUUUAUAUUUCCACAUUCAGCAAGUCUUUAACACUGCACUUGUUUCUUACUUUACUUUAUGAAGUUCAGCUUGUUUGCUGAUGUUGAACUAAAUCACAAAAACUGUACGGUCUGUGUAAAUUAAUCUUCUGUGCUUUUUAGCCUUUAUGUGUGUAAUGUAAAACACUGAUUAACUGUGUAAUUAAACCUUACAUGUGAUAAAUAA